UCUGCAAUUCUUUUUAAAUUCCAAAUUGCUUUAAAAAACAUUUCCACGAACAUGUCUCCCCCCUCAAACCUUCCGAUUUUAACGGUCACUUCUCCGCAAAAAAAUAACCAGUGACACCCCAAGAUGACCGAGUCACCCCCCAAUUCACUCUCCCAAGGCGCCAAAGAUGUUGCUACAACUAGUAUUAGCAUUCCUCAGAUCCCAGUUGAGAUCGUCAGUGAAGAAGAAAUGGCUAUUAUUGAAGCUGCCUUGGCUGCAACUCGCUCAUGCCUCUCUUCCUCUGCUAUUCCUGCAAUUUGUUCUCCUUCUCGAUCCUCCUCUUUUUUUCAAAAUAACGUGAGGUCAAUCCGCUCAAUUACUUCCUUGUCCAAGAAGAGGUUUCCAGGAGGUUGUAGCGAUUCUGAUAUUGAGGAUUUGAAUGGUUUUAAUAAUACCCAGAAGAAGAACAGAGUGGCUGAGUCGUUAUUUCAUAGGUUUAGAAAGAAGACUGGUUUGUCUGUCACUGAUAUCACUUCAACGGAAUGGUGUGAAAAACAAAUGGAGUUUGUUCUCCUAUUUGGCAAAAGAAAAGUGAGCAAAGCUAUGAAAGCAGGUCAUGAUCGCCAUGUAAAACUAGAACAAGAGAUUGUUAAAAGAGUUAAAGUUAGUAUUGAAUGUGAUGAGGAUGCAUGGGCCAUCAAGUUUUUGAAUUUCAUAACUGGUGCAAAUCAAUUAUUGUUUGAAGGAUUAACACGUGAGAUCCCACUAGUAGGUUUUAUACAUGGAAUAUGGCUGGUGGGAAUAGUUGAUGAGAUCCGAAUUCCUGAGGGAGGAAAUAGAAAUCCAAUACUAGUGGACACAAAAACUCGUGUUCGAGAUACCCUUCCUGCUGAACCACAAAGGAGAAAUGGAAGGUUACAGUUGAUGUGUUAUAAGCAUUUAUGGGACAAUUUAGUUGCUGAUAAAUUCCCCUGCAAAGAGUUCUUUGAUUUCUUUUCCUUGAAUCCACACUACAUCUUAUCUAAAGAAAUAAGGGAUAACACUGCUAAAGCAGGUAUCCCAGCAAAGACCCUUGAUGAAGUUGUGAGAUACUACAGAAAUACAUGCAGUAUGCUGCUCCCUGCCGACAACCAGAUGCUAUUAAGAUAUGAGUUACAAAAAGACAAUUCCGUGAUCGGUGAAGAACAAUUCGCAUAUGAUCCUGAUUGGCUCAAUAGUCAUAUUCAAUGUUGUCUCGAAUUUUGGCUAGGUGAACGAGAAGCCAGUUUCACUCCAGAGGAAGAGAGUUGGAAAUGCCGGUUUUGUCAAUUUGCUUCGGUUUGCCCUAAAAACACCAGUCCUGGCACAUCAAGUCCUGUAAAGAUCAACAGUCCUAAUAGCAGUCCAAGCUAGAACAAAAUGCUAACUUAAUUCUUUCAGGUUGUCAUGCAAGUUCCUGCAAAGAAGCUACAUAUUUUAUACAAGCUUCUUUGCAGAAUGUUUUAAUUGUUAAAGCCUAUCUAUCUCAAGAUGUGCUAGGGUAAAUAUUGUUGUAAGCUUCAUCAUUUAUUGUUGUAAAAUUGAAUUACUAAUAAUUAACAACACUAUUCAUUAAA